AUGUUGGCUCGCAAAGAUCUAACAUCGCAUGUCAAGUCCUUCGUCUUACAUGAUCACGCACGGGACUACGAUAGGACAAAUCAACCGCUCGAAAAUGACAAGACACUGCAUGCACUCCAUGGACUGAUCUCCGACGUGCGCGAUGCCGUUAUGGGUACGCAUGAGUUCAUUGGCGCACUGCGAAAAUUGGCACCGGAGCGCAAUUGGGUCAUUGAACUAGGUUCACCAGCCUCGGCUUUGGAUGCUGCGUUGGCUGUGUUUCUGUUGUUUGCAGAAAAUCUGCAGUCAAUUGACGUCAGUUUUCGCCGUAACCUCCUGUUCAGCGGAUCUGAACAUGGUCCUCCGACACCUAUUGCCCUUGAUGCCCUACUUCCGUCUCGGCGCCAGAAUUCUGAACUACCAUCAUUCGAUAGACUGAGAAGCCUCACUAUAGAAUUACAUGCCAGCGCGACACCCCUGCCAAUCUCAAUUCUGCCUGGCUUAGAACACAUUCGCAUUGUGCACCGUAGCCUAGAGCUGACUCAUGAAUCACAUUGGUUUCCGAACUUCCAGUACCCAACCAUCAACACUUCCGGGAAUCUGCGGUCUAUGGAUCUUACCGGACCUGUAAUCAUGCCCGGUGCACUAGCGAAGUAUCUUGUGGAAAGCGACUGUCGCUCCCUCAAAAGCUUGAAAGUCUUCAGCGAUGAGCGAUUACUGCCGGAUUGGUCAGAGCCGACCGAGCACUGCAAAGCGUACGACUUUCGGAAGCUGAGUGAAGCCUUGAAAUACGCACCCAAUCUUGAGCACUUCGAGUGCAGCUUCCCUAAAGGCCGUCCUAAGGGCAUGUUCGGGUCGUUCAAAUCUCUCUCGCGUCUUCACUUCUUCAAGGUCGAUUAUAAGCUAUUGUGCGAAUCGGCUGGACAGGAAAUCGGUUCCUCACUUCAUCUCCAGCAUCCCACGGAAUGCUUUCCUACGUCGUUGAGGGUUCUCCACAUCACAGAUAUGGGCUACUUCCGUCUGGAUACACUCUGCUGUCAUACGACGAAGACGCCCAGCGGGCGUGCACACGCUGUGAAAUACGUUCUUGAACGUGUUCGCUCGCUAUCUCUGCGAGAAUUACAUCUCCACGUUCGGAUGUACCAUGAGUUUCACCACUUCAAUGCGACAGCUAAAUCUGGAUAUAUAGUGGAAGAACUGGAAUGGUCGACUCGUAAGUUUCUCCCGCGCCUCGUAGCGGCGCUACAGAAAGAAGGUGUCAUCAUGAAUGUCUGGGGAGCUGGCAUUAUGGGAUGCAUCAAGGAGGUGUUACUUUACGGGCCGGGAUACGCAAGAGCAUGGCCACAAUGGGAUCGGAAAAAUGAGGUUACUGCUCAAUCCGGAAGCUGCGAUGGCUGGACUUGGGAACUGUUUGGGGGUGACAGGAAGGACGAGUUUCUCAGAGAUCCGGAAUACGUCGAAAGCGAAGAUGACAUGGAUGGGUGA